CAGGUAGCUAUUUGAUCGACCCUUUUCCAUGGCGGUCUCUUUGUUUAUUAACCAUUUUCUCAUUUUCUUCUUCCUCUUCUUCAUCCUUGACAAUAGUUUGAGGAGUAGCUUUUUCUUCAACAAUAAUGUGGUGUGGUCAAGUAACGCAAAAAACUCGCCGCCACUGCCACAAGCAAUUGGAGUAAUGAAUGGGCAUGAGAAGGACGACGAUGUCGUCUGGGUAAGUAAAUUUUAUUACCAGCGGAAGCAGCUGCUGGAGGAGAAAUUGCCGGCAAGCAUUGACAGGGGACGCUCACCCUCACCCCCACCACCACCCAAGCCAUCACCUGGCAGCCACGAGCCGAGACGCCCGGCGGCGGCUCCGAUGGCCGAUAAGAUAUCUGAAGAUGAGGGUAAAACUCUUCAGGCGGAGGAGCUGACUACCAAUCCAUAAGUAUUGGAGUACCGUACAUAGCUUCGAUCGAUCACUCAAUUAAUGAGGAGAAGAUCGAAUUGUGUUUAAUUCGUUUUGUUCGUGAAAUAUUCUACUUAAACAUGUUUUAUUUGGACAGUAAUUUUCAGGAAUCAUCUCGUUUGAUAUAUUUUAAUCUCAUUUAUUUGAUCUGAUUUGGUCUGUACAAGUUGGAUCUAACUCAAAAAUAUGCAGGUUGACCUUUUAGGAGUAUUUGAUCAUAUUUAAUACUUUCUUUUAGGGUUGUCCCAAAAUGAGUGUCUACUUUCUUUUUUUAGAAAGAAAUAUGUGGUCUACAUCAUUUCUCUUUAUAAUACUUAAACCCCAACCACCAGGGGCGGAGCCAGGAUUCGACCGAGAGGGGGGCUGGGGUAAAAUAAAAAAUGCAGUAGUAAACAUAUUACGUAUAAAAGUGCUAUAAUGUUAAAUAAUGUAUUAUUAUUCAUUUAAAACAUUCAAAAUUACAUGAUUAAAUGUCGCUCCCAGGGGCGGAUCUAGGCUAAGGCCAAGGAGGGCCUAGGCCCACACUCAAAAAAAUAAAAAUUACUAGUAUAUAUAUUAUGUACGAAGUAUUAAUUUAUAUAUAGUGAUUCAGUUAAUAGGGGA